AUGAAAAGAGAAAACCAAACACAAAAUAUUGGCACUUCUAAUAGAAGAAAAUCAUUCAGAAACAAUAGACCUCCAAUUGCCACAUUCCCCAAAACCACUGCUACUUCUAAAAAGCCUCAAACCACUGCCACAACCAAACCCAAACCAUCAUCUCAAAAACCACCUCAAAAGAAGCAGAAAACAACUUCAUCACCACCACCAUCUUCCACAAAACCAACAGAUGUUGAUGCUACAAAAGCAUCAACAGAUGUUAGACCAUCAGUUGUUGAGACUCCAGUGGUUUUAACAGCUGUUAGCCAAACCACUGCUCCUAUGCAUUUUGAUCCUCCACCACCAACUCCCCAAAGAUUCCCUUCACAAUCAACCUUCUCACCAAAACCACCUUCUCCAUCAAAAACUCCUCCUCCUCCAAAAUAUGCCUAUGCAAGAAAAAGGAAAUUUGUUGUACUUGAAGAAGAAAAAGAAAUUCCAUCACCAAUUCUUUUAUCAUCUGCUCCUGCUGAAAUCAUUCCACCCUCAUCAUCUCCACAAACAAACCCACUUGAUCAUCCACCCACAGGUUACAUGCCACGUGUCAUUCCAUGGGCAACUCAAUAUCCUCUGGAACUGCUUGCAGCCCAAGAUGAAAUGAUGCAAUUUUAUAAGAUAGAGGAUCCAUCCAAAAGAGCCUUCCCAUCUCUAUAUGGCUUCAGAAUUCCUCAGAAUUUCAAUGAAUAUUUAAAGCUGAAAGCCAGGCAAGCAGAGCUUAUAGCAAAAGAAGAGAGUAAAGGGUUAGGAGACAGGAGAUACCAAGGUCUGAUGCAACAUGGGCUUAGCAAAGUCAGGAAACUUGAAGACUUUGCUAGAGACCUCAGUAAAUCCAUGCCAGAGUUGCCACCAAAUGCUGAUCUUCAAGAGGAACUAAGGGUUGAUUAUUUGGAUCUCAUCAUGAAAACUAAGCCCUACAAAGCUAAUAAGUCUCAAUUCAAAGAUUGGCCUCUUGAUGCUCUCAAAGAAGAAAUUAACAGAAUUGAAUGA